UGAAAAAGCAAUUGCUCCGUUUUACAAUUGAGCACAACGGACCUACAACCGUUUACAACUAUCUACAACAGAACAACGACGGAUAACCACCACAUCAACCGUCCACGAUGAACCCAAUUCCGAGAGCAUACUCUCUUCUGAGGACGACCAACGUCCCAAUGCUUCGUGCUGUCUCCCGAACAACCAUCCAACCUCCCUCAUUGCGAUUCUACGGCCAAAGCGCCUACGGAGGAUACGAGAAAAGCCCUGCGAAAUCUGACAUUUCACGCGCAAAGGAGCAUCCAGGCCCCCCACCCCCCAACACCAAAUCCUCCUCAACUUCCUCUCAAGAAUCAACCGGCGGCUCCAGCCCAAUGUCCCCCUCCUCCCCCUCCCGCUCCGACCCUCAAACCGAAGCCGAAUCCCAGCAACCCUACUCCUCAACUGCACCAAACGCACCGAAGGACCCCGAGAAGUCUGAGGGACACCAGAUCCAGCGCGAGCCGUCGAACAAGGCGCAUCCGACUAUUACUACUGGGAAGCAGUCGCCGAAUGUGGAUGAGGAGGGACAUCCUCGAAAGGAUAUCCCGGAGGAGGUGAAGAAGCAUAACAGGGAGGUUGAGCAGAGGCAUGAUCGGUCGUAUAAUCAGAUUACGGAUGAGGGGAAGGUGCAAAAGGGGUUUUAACUUAGGAGAAGAGAUGGAUGAGGAUGGAGUGGUAUGUGUGAAUCUUUGUUGAUAUACCCUGGUGGGGGUUUGUUUUACAUUGGGAUAUGUCUAAUUACUACUGGUUGGAGUUAAUGCUAAAUGAAUGUCCAAUUUGCGUCAUUGUCCGGUCAUCUGUAACUAGGGAAAAUAGUUGCCUUGAUGCCUUGUAAACCAGGCAGAAUACCUGUUCGGUAACUAACUACUCUGUAGUUAAUCCAGGCGCAGCAGUGGCC